AUGUCUGAGAGAGAAUUGUAAGCAGUUUUAACAAGUUUUACGAAGGUAGAAGACCUCCACCAAAUAUGAGGUCUUCUUUGGCUCCUGGCAUCCGACUGAUCACGUCCUUCUCAAGAGACAGCGGGUAAGUUUCUACUAUCUUUGAAUUCUGUUGUGUGUGUGACACCCUUUAUGCAAACAAAACUAUUGCAUUGUACAGUAUGUAGGUUGAUGAUGGGGGAGGGGAACAGCUGUUUUGUCGCCAAUCAGCUAGAAGUCAAUGAUUGGCUAGACAUGAGGCUGCAACCUGGUCUCAGAGCAUUUCGUAUUAUUCUGUAUGUACUUUCGAGAAUCCCAUUUAGUAUGAUAUGUUUCGUAUGAUAUGUAUUAAUUUGUGGAUAUCCAUCAACCAUUUCGUACAUGUUACGAAUUUGCACAAUGUACAAUAUGUUACGAAUUUGCAAAACAUAUAAUAUGUGACGAAUUUGCGAAAUGUAUGAAAUGUUACAGAUUCUAAUUUGUUGUGGUUAAUGUUAGCUAGGUGGCUAACGUUAGCUAGGUUAGGGGUUAAGUUUAGGGUUCAGGAGCAUCAUGGCAAAAACUGGAGGACUGGCCAAGUGCUAUUACCCCAGACCAUCAGGCUGCUGAAUAGCCACAACUAGUCAGCUACUUGCUCCCCAACCCAGGCUGGAGGCAUUGAUUUGGGGACAUUCUAUGCACUACUGACAUUCUAAGAUGGGUAGAAUGUUAGGAAUUAAAGGUUUGUCAACCGUCUAGAUUUCCAUUGUGUUUCAUUAACAUUGGCGACUCGUCAUUUUGAACUCACCUGUUUAGCUAAAAAAUAUAUAUGUCACAAAUUGUGUGUGCCUGUUUUUCAUGUUAUUUUGCUAUUGAAAGAAAAUGAUCAUUGAGUUAAUAAAGCCGUAUACAAACAUGGUCUCUUUUUUGCUUUCUUGAGUAAAGCAGCUCCAAAAUACAGGUGUUUCAGCCUAGCUCAGUGCUUUCUGUGGUGGUGGGGCAGCCAGUGGAAAAUAGUGUAGGGGUUGGUAAUGUUACCUAGACAGUGUUCUGUCACUCAUGGGACACUACGUCACCGCAAAAUCUACGGGGAGAGCUCGAAAAUUCAAGCCCCUUGGGUGCUGCCAUAGAGUUACGUUAGAAGUGCCCAUCCAAGAAGGCUCAAGGUCAUCGGCCACAGAUAAAAUGACGUCAAAUCACGUUAUAUCUACCGUAGCUUUGAUUGGACUGAUCAUGUCAACAUCAUACUUUCAAAAUCUUAGCUAGCAACCUAGCAGUCGUCAUCAUCAUGAAUCAAGAUGACAAUCUACUGGCAAAUCCUUUUCAAUCCUUGUUAUAUGAAGAUAAAUUAUAGAUGAAACGUAUCGGUGCUCAUCGGCCAUUGGACAUAAACAUUACACAACAAGUUGGAAAUCGCAAAUUCAACAAUGAGUGGUUUGGAAGGAAUCAGUGGCAAACUGCAAGCGUUGCAAAGCCAUCACUAGCCUGCUAUUCAGUGCAGUGGGUGUGUGGUCCAAGUCUGGUUUUAAGGGUAUCUUUUCCAAGCUUAAAAGGAUAAACAUUCAACAUUGGCCAUGCUGUCAAUCCAGCAUGACUUCUGCCGCGUUCAAAACAACUGGAAACUCAGAACUGGGAAAUCUCAGAUUUCAGUGAGUUCAAGACAACUGGGAACUCGGUUAAAAACAAGUUCCGACUGGGAAAAUACGCUUUGAACGGUCAUCUAACAUGGAAUUCCAAGUGGGAACUCGGGCCUCUUUCUAGAGCUCCGACCUGAAGAUCACUGACGUCAUGAUUUUACCUUGUUUUUUUCCGAGUUCCCAGUUGUCUUGAAAGCACCAUAAAUCCAGAGAAUGCCAGACUUUUACAAAAUUUGCCCACGAAGGACCGCCACGUCACCUUCCUGUUCAAGUGAGCACACAGCACAACAAGGUGAGCAAAAAUAUAUAAGUUAUGCUGCUGCAUAAAUUAUGUAAUAUGCCAGGGAGAUGUGUGUAUACUGUAGCUAAGAAAGUAAUACUAAGUGUAUGUUGUGUAGUAAGCUGUUAGUAGCCCAUGUGCCUCACCCUUUUCCCCUCAUGACUUAGCCUACUGUUCUGACUUGGUGGUGCACAUGUAGCCUAUAGCCUGUUUUAGAGAAAUGUCGUCAUCGAAUAUUGUAAGAGCUUUUUAUUUAUCCUGUGGUUCUGACUUGGUGUACAGGGAGAAUAAUGUAAAAACGGCCCAUGUUCUGAAUUCUGUCGCUGUACAUUUCAAAAGUGCUGAACAAAUAGUUAUAUUGACUUUGUCCGUCCUAGCUCCCUCAUUAAAGUCUUAAUUGAAAUGAUGGAUUGCCUCUUAUCCGCUCGUCGUCCCCUUAUGCCAUAGUUAGUACAUCUCAAUUGUCAUUAGAAACCACAUUUGUUUAAGCAAGUCAGCUAUUUCAGCUAUGUUUUUUUUUAAAGGCAGUAAAUGAGGCUGAAUGAACUGUUUCCCUGCCAGACAAGGCUCAGCUGAUAGCCAGGUGUAGCAGUGGUAAGGUGUUGGGACAGCUUUAUGUAGGCUCUAACAGUUUGUGGGCCUACAUAAAAUCGCCACUGUUCAUUAGGUAUAGUUAUAACCAAUGAUAUAUAUAUAAACCCUGGACUGCUGAUGCUAUGUAUUGGCCAAUGAGAGGCUUUGAAGUCACCGGUCGGCCAUAUUGGCACUCCCCAGAAGAAGCAGUCCUCCAUAGUCCAUAGAAAUGAAUGGUAUUCUACAGUAUUUAAAUUAAAUGUUUCAAGGUCAAAAUUAUGUGUAUUUAAAGGUGCAAUAUGUAGAAAGCGCACCGCCAGUUCCUGGUUGCUACAAUUCUAAUAGUUUGCUUGUUUUGUCACAAACUGAAAUUAGCCAAUGUAUAGUGUAGUGAAUCAUUGUACCAUUUAAACCGCUAUUAAAUGUAUUUUCCAUAACCAAAAAUGUGUUUUUAGCUGUUUGAAGCUGGUGUACACAACCGAAAGUAAAAGAUGCAAAAACAAAACGUAAGAACGGGAAGCAUAGAAAUAGCGCACAUAGAACGGAUGUACCACUUCUUAGACGUGCUUUCAAUGAGUGAUAUAUCUAUAACUCACAUUUCUAUGUGCAUUUGGUUGGGUCGCCCCAAAACGUUACAUAUUGCAGCUUUAAGUAUUGUGUUGUUGUAGUGGGGACAUAAACCUUACAACUUUUUAAAAAAGUAUACUUUAAAGCUGCAAUAUGUGAGAAAUGUGAGUUAUAGGUCUGUUUUUUGAAGACAUCCUAGGCGAAGGCCAUCUACACUGUUGGAUUUCUACAACAUUUCGUCAAUCCACAAAACUUUCUGGAUUAUUGUUGUCACUGAUCCAGUAUGUUCCAUAAACCUGACAAAAUAGUCACACUUUGUCCUAGAUUUUGUCAGUCAAACUGUAAAGGUCACAGCAGGUUUGGUCUUGCGCACAACACUUCCUCCCGAAUGUCUGUGUCCGAAAUGGCAUCCCAUUCCCUAUGUAGUGACUACUUUUGACCAAGGCCCUAGUGUACUACUUUUGACCAAGGCCCAUAGCGCUCUGGUCAAAAGUAUUGCACUAAUAGGGUGUCGUUUUGGACGUAUCUUAUGUGUUGUGUGCAAUUAGCCUGAGGAUGAGGAGGUUACACCAGGUUCUGAGUGAGGUGUUAACUGUUACUAAAAUAUAACUUGGUGGUAAAACCUUCCUUUCCACUCCAUGAAAUGUAAACAGGUCAAUACAGAGUGUGCACUGUGUGUGUGGUGUAGCUAGCUGCCUUCCUGUGCAUCUCGUGUCAGCGAAGUCCCUGUACUGCUCCCUGCAGUGAAUAACUCUUCUGAAAUAUCCUGUUUGUUUCCCACUAAAAAACAAGCCUAUGUGUACUGUCUACUGUACAGACAAGACCAUGUGAACAAUUGUUUUCUCUUCUCCUCUCCCUACCCGGUCCUAUGAGACUAAUAUCCCAUAAUACGUAGGCCCUGUAGACCUCUAGUCUAAUCUAGAUAAUGUAUAAGAGACUGUCCAUAAAAUUGGUGUGCUUUGACUUACAAAGAUGAGGUUGUUAAUGGCAUGGUAUUUGCUUUGGACAACAUUAGAAUGAUCUCUUUUUCUAAUCUCUGUGCAGGUACAGGGGUUUCACCCUCUUCCUCACUUUUCUCUUCUAUACCAGCUACCAUCUCUCCCGGAAACCCAUCAGCAUCGUCAAGGUGAUACACUGACUUCACAAACCUGUAUGAAACGUUAUCUUAAUGUAAGGCCACACUGUUCAGCUCUAUAUUGUAAGAUCUCUAUGUGUUCUAGGCCACAAAAGCCCUAGAACACUCAAGUUACACUACAAUAGUUAACAUAGUCAUUUUUGAGAAAGUUAUAUGAUAGUGGCUGUCUUUGUUUCGAGACGUUUAAGCUGGUUGUGUCUUGAAGGCUGAGUGUUUUCUGUCCAUGUGUGUAAUCUCUGGUUAUUGCUUCAUGUAUAUACAGAGUGAGCUGCACAAAAAUUGUUCCACCCUCAUUCGGCCACCAAACCUCAACGGAACUGACAAUGAAACCUGGUGUGACUGGGCGCCAUUUGGUGAGUCCUCUGCUUGACUCGACUUCUUCGUUCAUUUUAAGAAGGAAUAGGCUUCCAAAACAUUUCCAAAGUGUUUCUGAGUGCUUCCAAAACGAAUAUAUAGAAAGCACACUAUGUCAGUAGAAUUAAUCAGUUGUCAUGUCGCUGGUUAAGCAUUGGGACAGCAGAUUUCAUUCAGACAUUUUCUAUGCCAUCUUGUUUUGUCCAGACCAGGACAACUACCAGACGCUGUUUGGAGCCGUGGACAACUCUUUCCUGGUUGCUUAUGCCAUUGGCAUGUUUUUCAGGUAGGCAGAAUUAUGUAAAUUAUAUGAUUGUGUUGUUUUGUGGGUGUGCAUGCUUGCGUGUGUAUUAAACCUCACUACAAGGAGUUAACCAGAUGAUGUGUUGUGUGUUUUGACAGUGGGAUAUUUGGUGAGCGUGUGCCCUUGCGCUACUACCUGACCACUGGGAUGCUUCUCAGUGGUCUCUUCACAUGUCUGUUUGGCCUGGGCUUCUACUGGAACAUCCACUCCAUAUGGUACUACGCCUUUGUCCAGGUAAGGGUUAAAUCUCCAAAACCAUUGUCACUCGCUCACACCCUGCAGCAUAGUCACCUUUGAAUUCAGGCCCGACCUGGGGCAUGUUCAUAAGAGUUUGCAACUGAAACAUUUUGUAACGGGAAAACAAAAACAUGGUGUCUUAUUGCACAAGUCCAGGUAGACCCUCUCUGUUUGUCAGUUGUCUUGCGUUUCGUGCCUAAUGAACACGGCCUGGUACUGAAAAACAACAGUUUGAAGUUCAUUAUGAAAAAAGUUAUAUUUGAUCAAAUCUUUGGCCACACUCUGUAUACAGGGCCUUGUGUAUGCAUGCACAUUUAUGAGUUUUCCUAUCUGAGCAUAUGCAGCAACAAAACAACAUGGGUUGUAAAAGGAAAAUCUGAUAAAAGUUGGCAUGGGGGCUUUAGGCACUAUCACAUGACAGGUCAGCAGUAUCAUAUGAUGCUGAGAGUGUGAGGGAGGCUGAGGGAUUGUUUCCAUGCCAGUGCUUUUGUCAAGGCUGUGUGUGAGAAUAUGAUGGUGUGGGUAACCGGCCCACCCCCCUUUUUCUUUUUCCUGUGUCUUUGUUUGUAUCUCGCUCUCUCAUGGGGAUACAAAACGUAUCUCUCUCUCCGUCUCUUUUUCUCUCAUCGGGUUGGGGUAUAGGGGCAUAUUUAAUGUUGAAAUAAAAAUCUAAAUCUCCCUCUCUUACUUCCCUAGGCAAUGAAUGGACUGGUGCAGACAACUGGCUGGCCUGCAGUGGUGGCCUGCGUUGGGAACUGGUUCGGAAAGGGGAAGUGAGUGAGACAUAUCCUUACUCCAGACCGGUUCAGCAAUGCUGACUACACAGUAUCAGUACCCCAUUUUCCAUAUAGUGUAGGGUAUCUUUUUUUUAAUCAAGGUCAGUCACAUUAUGUUAAAUUAAAAACAGUACUCUCCGGUCAGGGCCUUUGUUGGAACAGGUUUGAGUGUAAUGAGUGUUUGGAAAUUCAAAAUAGGAACAAUUUACAGAUGUCCAGUUUCCAAUUGAGCAUUUUACUGCCGAAAGCUGUCCUCAGUAUUUAGUACCGGUAUGUUGAAUGAAUUGAAUGUUUUAAGUAUAUAUCGAAUUCACUCCAAUAUAUUCUGUAUGUCCAAGAAGUGUCCCUAUAAGUUAAAGUAAGCAGGCUCACUGUCUCACUGUUCACUGUCAAGAUAUACAAUGUUUCUAAACCCACCUCUUUCAUGUCCAUCCCAUCUGUGUGUGUCUGUCCCUCGCCCUCCAGACGAGGGUUCAUCAUGGGCGUGUGGAACUCCCACACCUCGGUAGGCAACAUCCUGGGCUCGCUUAUCGCCGGCAUAUUUGUGUCCUCGGCCUGGGGCAUGUCCUUCAUCGUGCCCGGCAUCAUUAUCGCCUCUACGGGCGUGCUCUGCUUCUUCUUCCUGGUAGAGAGUGAGUGUGACCUUUGACCUCUAGGUCUGUAUUCUAGUCUCAUUAGUAGGAGUGCUGAUCUAGGAUUAGAUUUGCCUUUUAGUUUAUAAUGAAUGGACAGAUGGGACCUGAUCCUAGAUCUUACUUUGAGAUGCUUUAUGAAUACGGUCCCAGAUCUUGUUCAAAACAUGUCAACAUGCCCAUAUUGCUGACUGCAUAAACCACUACGACCUAUUGAAGCUUGAUACUGUAGAUCAGAGUGAAAAUGAAAUGGUAUAUAAUGUUCAUUGCUAUUAUAAAGUUAUUAUGGAGGAUACGGUUUUAUUAACCUAGUUUGAAAAUGGAUCAUCUUGCGUUCUCAGACAGCAUUUCAGAGUUUCUACUCUGCAGGCAUUUCAUCUUAAACAUAGACUGUUCUCAUGUAGACAUAUAAAAUAAGAAUAGGCUUGUCCCAAGACUGUAUUUUGACAUGAAAAUGGAUUUGUGAGCACAACCUUUUUUCUGUCACAGAACCAGAAGAUGUCGGCUGCAGCCCUCCGCAGCACCAUGUAAGUAUAACCAAAGAACAUAUGAAGUAAUGGGUGCCCUUAGUAGUAUAGAGAAGGGCUGCCUUGCUCAAGGGCAGUAGGUGUAGGUGGCACCUGAGAUGUGAUACCUGCCCUGCUUCUCUAACCUCUAGGCUACCAGCUACCCCCAGAUUAUGAUCUGAUUUUGUUUUGACCAACGUUUUGUCAUGAUAUUAUUUCCCUUUCUUUCGAAAGACUUUAUAUUAUAGAGUACUAGAAGACAUGUUAGACAGACUAUACAUAAAACAUACACUACCGUUCAAAAGUUUGGGGUCACUUUGAAAUGUCCUAGUUUUCGAAAGAAAAGCAAUUUUUUUGUCCAUUAAAAUGACAUCAAAUUGAUCAGAAAUGCAGUGUAGACAUUGUUAAUGUUGUAAAUGGCUAUUGUAGCUGGAAACAGCUGAUUUUUUAAUGGAAUAUCUACAUAGGCGUACAGAGGCCCAUUAUCAGCAACCAUCAGUCCUGUGUUCCAAUGGCACGUUGUGUUUGCUACUCCAAGUUUAUCAUUUUAAAAGGCUAAUUGAUCACUAGAAAACCCUUUUGCAAUUAUGUUAGCACAGCUGAAAACUGUUGUGCUUACAGUGGGGGAAAAUGUAUUUAGUCAGCCACCAAUUGUGCAAGUUCUCCCACUUAAAAAGAUGAGAGAGGCCUGUAAUUUUCAUCAUAGGUACACGUCAACUAUGACAGACAAAUUGAGAGAAAAAAAUCCAGAAAAUCACAUUGUAGGAUUUUGAAUGAAUGUAUUUCCAAAUUAUGGUGGAAAAUAAGUAUUUGGUCACCUACAAACAAGCAAGAUUUCUGGCUCUCACAGACCUGUAACUUCUUCUUUAAGAGGCUCCUCUGUCCUCCACUCGUUACCUGUAUUAAUGGCACCUGUUUGAACUUGUUAUCAGUAUAAAAGACACCUGUCCACAACCUCAAACAGUCACACUCCAAACUCCACUAUGGCCAAGACCAAAGAGCUGUCAAAGGACACCAGAAACAAAAUUGUAGACCUGCACCAGGCUGGGAAGACUGAAUCUGCAAUAGGUAAGCAGCUUGGUUUGAAGAAAUCAACUGUGGGAGCAAUUAUUAGGAAAUGGAAGACAUACAAGACCACUGAUAAUCUCCCUCGAUCUGGGGCUCCACGCAAGAUCUCACCCCGUGGGGUCAAAAUGAUCACAAGAACGGUGAGCAAAAAUCCCAGAACCACACAGGGGGACCUAGUGAAUGACCUGCAGAGAGCUGGGACCGAAGUAACAAAGCCUACCAUCAGUAACACACUACGCCGCCAGGGACUCAAAUCCUGCAGUGCCAGACGUGUCCCACUGCUUAAGCCAGUACAUUUCCAGGCCCGUCUGAAGUUUGCUAGAGUGCAUUUGGAUGAUCCAGAAGAGGAUUGGGAGAAUGUCAUAUGGUCAGAUGAAACCAAAAUAGAACUUUUUGGUAAAAACUCAACUCGUCGUGUUUGGAGGACAAAGAAUGCUGAGUUACAUCCAAAGAACACCAUACCUACUGUGAAGCAUGGGGGUGGAAACAUCAUGCUUUGGGGCUGUUUUUCUGCAAAGGGACCAGGACGACUGAUCCGUGUAAAGGAAAGAAUGAAUGGGGCCAUGUAUCGUGAGAUUUUGACUGAAAACCUCCUUCCAUCAGCAAGGGCAUUGAAGAUGAAACAUGGCUGGGUCUUUCAGCAUGACAAUGAUCCCAAACACACCGCCCAGGCAACGAAGGAGUGUCUUUGUAAGAAGCGUUUCAAGGUCCUGGAGUGGCCUAGCCAGUCUCCAGAUCUCAACCCCAUAGAAAAUCUUUGGAGGGAGUUGAAAGUCCGUGUUGCCCAGCGACAGCCCCAAAACAUCACUGCUCUAGAGGAGAUCUGCAUGGAGGAAUGGGCCAAAAUACAAGCAACAGUGUGUGAAAACCUUGUGAAGACUUACAGAAAACGUUUGACCUGUGUCAUUGCCAACAAAGGGUAUAUAACAAAGUAUUGAGAAACUUUUGUUAUUGACCAAAUACUUAUUUUCCACCAUAAUUUGCAAAUAUAUUCAUAAAAAAUCCUACAAUGUGAUUUUCUGGAGAAAAAAAAUCUCAUUUUGUCUGUCAUAGUUGACGUGUACCUAUGAUGAAAAUUACAGGCCUCUCUCAUCUUUUUAAGUGGGAGAACUUGCACAAUUGGUGGCUGACUAAAUACUUUUUUCCCCCACUGUAUUAAAGAAGCAAUAAAACUGGCCUUCUUGAGACUAGUUGAGUAUCUGGAGCAUCAGCAAUUGUGGGUUAGAUUACAGGCUCAAAAUGGCCAGAAACAAAUAACUUUCUUCUGAAACUCGUCAGUCUAUUCUUGUUCUGAGAAAUUAAGGCUAUUCCAUGCGAGAAAUUGCCAAGAAACUGAAGAUCUCGUACAACGCUGUGUACUACUCCCUUCACAGAACAGCGCAAACUGGCUCUAACCAGAAUAGAAAGAGGAGUGGGAGGCCCCGGUGCACAACUGAGCAAGAGGACAAAUACAUUAGUGUCUAGUUUGAGAAACAGACGCCACACAGGUCCUCAACUGGCAGCUUCAUUAAAUAGAUCCCGCAAAACACCAGUCUCAACGUCAACAGUGAUCAGGCGACUCCGGGGUGCUGACCUUCUAGGCAGAGUUGCAAAGAAAAAGCCUCUCAGACUGGCCAAUAAAAAUAAAAGAUUAAAGAUGGGCAAAUGAACACAGACACUGGACUUUUUCUUUGAAACUCUGCCUAGGUUUUUUCUCAACACUUUUUUGUUUUAUUUUACUUUUUUAUUUAAAAAUAAAUGCAAUGUUGGUUAAGGGCUGUAAGUAAGCAUUUCACAGUAAUGUCUACACCUGUUGUAUUCGGCACAUGUGGCAAAUAAAAUUUUAUUUGAUGCUCUAGAUACUCAACUAGUCUCAAGAAGGCCCGUUUUAUUGCUUCUUUAAUCAGCACAACAGUUUUCAGCUGUGCUAACAUAAUUGCAAAAGGGUUUUCUAAUGAUCAAUUAGCCUUUUAAAAUGAUAAACUUGGAUUAGCAAACACAACGUGCCAUUGGAACACAGGACUGAUGGUUGCUGAUAAUAUGGGCCUAUGUAGAUAUUCCAUUAAAAAUCAGCUGUUUCCAGCUACAAUAACCAUUUACAACAUUAACAAUGUCAACACUGUAUUUCUGAUCAAUUUGAUGUUAUUUUAAUGGACAAAAAAAUUGCUUUUCUUUCAAAAACAAGGAAAGUGACCCCAAACUUCUGAACGGUAGUGUAGUUGUAGCCAUGGUUAGAACAAUGCUAAUUGCUGUGUAUGAGCAGGAGGACAACGAGAAGGAGCCUCUCUUACAAAACUCAUCUAGUAACGAGGAGAUCUUCAGCAGUCCUGGUCUGUCCAACUCUAUCUCUUCCGAGGCGACAGAGGAGCACACCGAGGCCAUCAGCUUCUGUGGGGCCCUCAGGAUACCUGUGAGUGGUGAUCACUAUGUUACUUUAAUUUCAAUUAUUUUCAAUUUCAAGCUGUUUCAUUUGCUUUCUGUUGUGACUCAUGGUUAAUAAUUGCUCUCCAGACUCACGUGAAUGCAGUAGGCUGUUUUAAUGAGUUUAUAAAAAAAUAAAAAAAACAUCUAAUGGGGUAGAGCAGCUUUUUAAAAUUGCAGAUAGAUUGUGGCAUCAAUCAAUGUAAUUGUCUGCAUAAUUUCCAAUCCCCCAUAUAUAUAUUAUUUUAAAUAUAUUUUCCUUCUUUAUUAUUUUCCCCUAACCCUUCCAUCCCUCCCCUAAUUGGAGUAAACUACACUGAACAAAACAUAAACGCAACAUGUAAAGUGUUGGUCCCAUGUUUCAUGAGCUGAAAUAAAUAAACAAAUGCACAAAAAGUGUAAUUCUCUUAAAUGUUGUGCACACAUUUGUUUACAUCCCUGUUAGUGAGCAUUUCUUCUUUGCCAAGAUAAUCCAUCCACCAGACAGGUGUGGCAUAUCAAGAAGCUGAUUAAACAGCAUGAUCAUUACACAGGAGUACCUUGUGCUGGGGACAAUAAAAGGCCACUCUAAAAUGUGCAGUUUUGUCACACAACACAAUGCCACAGAUGUCUCAAGUUUUGAGGGAGCUUGCAAUUGGCAUGCUGACUGUAGGAAUAUCCACCAGAGCUGAUGACAGAUAAUUGAAUGUUCAUUUCUCUACCAUAAGCCGCCACCAACGUCAAUUUACAGAAUUUGGCAGUACGUCCGACCUGCCUUACAACCGCAGACCACGUGUAUGGCAUUGUGUCGGCGAGCAGUUUGCUGAUGUCAACGUUGUGAACAGAGUGCCCCAUGGUGGCAGUGGGGUUUGGUAUGCGCAGGCAUAAGCUACGGACAACGAACACAAUUGCAUUUUAUCGAUGGCAAUUUAAAUGCACAGAGAUACUGUGACGAGAUCCUGAGGCCCACUGUCAUGCCAUUCAUCCGCCGCCAGCACCUCAUGUUUCAGCAUGAUAAUGCACGGCCACAUGUCUCAAGGAUCUGUACACAAUUCCUGGAAGCUGGAAAUGUCCCAGUUCUUCCAUGGGCUGCAUAUUCACCAGGCAUGUCACCCAUUGAGCAUGUUUGGGAUGCUCUGGAUCGACGUGUACGACAGCGUGUUCCAGUUCCCGCCAAUAUCCAGUAACUUCGCACAGCCAUUGAAGAGGAGUGGGACAACAUUCCACAGGCCACAAUCAACAGCUUGAUCAACUCUAUGUGAAGGAGAUGUGUCGCGCUCAUAGUAAAAUUAAGAAUUAAAAAAUUUGGCAAAUGGUGACAGAUUCUGACUGGUUUUCUGAUCCACCCCAUACCUUUUUUUUUUUUUAAAGGUAUCUGUGACCAACAGAUGCAUAUCUGUAUUCCCAGUCAUGUGAAAUCCAUAGAUUAGGUCCUAAUGAUUUUUAAGUUGACUGAGUUCCAUAUAUGAACUGUAACUCAGUAAAAUCUUUGAAAUUGUUGCAUGUUGCAUUUUAUAUUUUUGUUCAGUAUAAUUAAAUAUAUUUUAUUUAUUAUUUUCCCCUAACCUUACCACCCAAUUGGAGUAAACUACAACAAUACUUAGGCUUCCACUUCCAGUUUGUAAAUAUUACAUACAUUUCACGGACAGUAUAUUUUACAUUAGUUAUCUUUUGUUUGUUUUUAGUCCCAGCCUUCAGCUACCCUCAACCCCUCCCAUGGAUCUCUGAAGACCAUCCAGUUUGGAUUUAUUGUUAUGACAGUUGCUAUGACUGCUCUGACCAGUGUGUAAUAUGUGUGUUAUUAUCUUACAGGGCGUAAUGGAGUUCUCCCUCUGUCUGCUGUUCGCUAAGCUUGUUAGCUACACCUUUCUCUACUGGCUUCCUCUCUACAUCUCUAACGUUGGUACGUACUCAGGUUAGCUCCUAUUUGUUGACAGUUGUCAUUUUCACCUGAGGGUUCAAAUGCUAACAAUGCUUAUACGCUGAUAAUGAUUUGCAUUGCAUUGUGAGAUGGGCUGUUAGUUAAUUUGGCAUACUGUGUCGCUUAAAAUUCCUAAUGUUUAUUUCCUCAGCCCAUUUUGACCCCAAGGAAGCUGGGGACAUGUCAACACUAUUUGAUGUAGGAGGAAUUGUGGGUAAGCCUUAACAGUCGUGUGAAUGACUUUAUAUGGAAUUAUGUAACCUUUAUAGCCCAAUAAUCUGAGAGAUCAUAUGAGGAACCAGGAAGCUCUUCUCUGAUUGACCUGGAUGUUUUGUCUACACUGUAGUCAUAACAAGUGAUAGACAUAACGAGUGGUUUCUGCAGUCAUCAUAAAACAGAACAUAGACAUACAAAGUGAUUUCUGCAGUCAGAAGAGUUCUCAUUAGAAUUGGUCAAUGAAUGGCUCCUACUGUAUUGGUGUCUGAGCACUUACUAUUGAUCUUCAAUGCAGCUCCUCAAAGGCUGAAUAUUUUCAUAUGAUGUAGGACUGCUAUCUUCCCCUACGUGUUAAGUCUGUGUUAAGCGUGUGUGUUGUGUGUCUGCAGGGGGCAUCGUGGCUGGACUGGUGUCGGACCAAACUGGGGGCAGAGCCUCUACCUGCUGUGUCAUGUUAAUUGUGGCUGCUCCUAUGGUGAGUGUUCAUUCACACAAAAGACAUCACUGGCUUUUACCAUGUGUAACACCAUGGACAUUUCUAGUGUCUCUUUAUUAUAGUACAUUUAUGUCUCCUCUUUGAGUUGUAAAUGUGGCAUUCGAGAGUCAUAUCCACAUCCCAAACUUUAGAAAACCAGUGCUGGGCUAAAAUGUACUGUAGAUCAAGAAAGGAAAGGCCCGCACAAAGGCCUCAAUUACAAAUGUGGACUGGACACACUUUAUAUUCACUAAUGAAAAUAGGAAAUUCUCUCUGUCAAUGUUUUGAUCACAUAAUCACAUAUAUGUCAUGUAAAUAUGACUGCAUGAUGGACUCUGAAAAAGGAAUUUGGCUGCGCUUGUUGCUCUGGAAUUGGCAGUGAACUUCACCUGCUGCCCAAGCCCGAGAAACAUUUCAUGAUAGGUUGCGAGUUCCUUGACAGUAUUGUGUCAAUCUGUUUUUCAGCAUAGCUCAAUGUUUUCCUUUGGGUCUACAUGUGGGUUAUUAAAUCAUGAGCAAAUCCUUCAAGAGUGCCACCUUUUACCCCAAAUCCAGUCUAAAUGUUUGUUUUGCUUUCCUAGCUGUUCCUGUACAACCACAUUGGACAGCAUAGCCUAGCAACCACAAUCGGUAAGAGAUACGUUUUUUUGUAUGACAUUUGACUUUAAAACCAUAGAGCCAUUUUAGUCUCAAUCCCUCCUGCUGACGACUACAUCAAUGCUCCAAUUUAACACAUUGUACUAAACUGUGUGUCGGUCAUGUGUUUGUAGCCUUUCACAUUUAGCAGACGCACUUAUCUAGGGCGAGUUACAAUCAGUGCUUUCAACUAAAGUAGGCAAUCAACAUAACAACCACAUAUCACAAUGAAAAGCUUCUUACAAAAUAGCCUUGCUAUCUGCUAGCUAGCGUACUGUACAUGCCGGAUUCUCUCACAGUGCUGUGUUGUUGUGUACCUCUGCCCUGUAGGGAUGCUGUUGGUGUGUGGAGCCCUGGUGAACGGCCCCUACGCCCUCAUCACCACCGCUGUGUCUGCUGACCUGGUAAGCAUAUCCAUUCCAGACUGCACCACUUCAUCCCUCUAACAUGAUGAGGUCCUCAGUUCUUCCAAAGUCACACAGAGGAGAUAAGCUCCUCAUUGCCCUAACUCCCCCACAUCCCCUGUUAGUCCAAGGCUCUGUCUUAAUGCGUAUUUCCUCGAUUCCUUGCAUUCUGUCUCCCUUGCCUCUUUCUCAAACCGAUUCAAGGUCCCUCCUGUCAGACCUUCACCUUCAAUGCGUUUUGUGGUGAGGAGAGAGGACGCAAGGAAUCGAGGAGACAAAUUGGGAAAGAGGACUGAAUGUUGGUUCAUAAUGAUGUGUUUUCCUUUCAUAGGGGACACAUGAGAGCCUGAGGGGAAACUCUAGAGCAUUGUCAACGGUCACAGCCAUUAUUGACGGCACAGGGUCGAUAGGUAUGUGGGGAUUGGUACUAAUCUUGAUGUUUUAGUUUUGACGCUUGUAAUGGUAACUAGUAAUGGGUUAGCUGCGCUACGAUGCAUUUAUGUGCGCCUGUGUCAAUGCAUGAAGGAAUGUUUUUAUUUAAGGUCACCUAUGUUUUGAGAUUCACUUCAAUGCUCAGUUAUUGCAGUGUUAUGUGGCAAUUUACAAAUUGUUUUUAUACAGUUUAUGUACAAGGUCCAUGGCUCAUUGCCAUACACAAUUAUUUUCCAUUGUAAAUUAUGUAGUGUUCUAAAGGCAGACUUUUCAUGAUUGUUGUCCCAAAUCAAAUUAUAUACCCAGACCUGCGGCCUUAUUUAUUAAAGCUGCGUGCGCACAAAAAAUACUCUAAACCUUGCGUGCGGCAGUUUUCCCCAAAAGUUGGUAUUUAUACAUUUUGAACUUGAUGCGAAGGUGUGUGUAUCUCCACGCAAAUCUGACUUCUAGUGGUUGAUCAAUUGUAUUGCAAGCAAAUAUUGUUAUUUUGAGGGAAAUGGGGGUGUUUGAUACAUGGGGAUUUUAAUAAUGGUAGGCUAAUAAAAACAUAACAUAGGCCUAAUGAUAAAAUGGAUGCAUUUCCCGUCGGUAAGGAGAUCGCAUAGCAGCAGGUAGCCUAAUGUGUUUCGUUUACUUUUAUUACCGUAAACCUGAAUUUAAUAGCCUUGGCAUUUAUUUGCUUAAAUCACUGAACACAACAGGCACUUAUCAGAGACAGGUUUCUGUUAAUGCACACAGCUUUUGCUCAUUUGCAUAGUUUUUUAAUUCCAGCAUUCACUUCCAGCAUUUUAAGCAAUUUCUUCAUUUCAUGCACUGUGUUAUCAUUUACACAUUGUCGCAUUUCUUUUGUCUUAGUAUGCCUCUAUUUAGAAAGAAAAAAAAAGUUCCUUGACAGAAUAAUUAUUCUCCUCUGACUGCAUUUUUGGCAGUUCUUACCUUUCGCCACUAAAGGGUGAUCUGACGGUUUCUAGGGGUCUGUACCCCCAAAGUUGUUGACUGUUUUUGUGCUUGACAGUUAGCUAGCAGUUCUCAGCUGUUAGCAGCCAAUGGCGUGCAGUUUCUUACUGGCGAUAAAAACGGAUGAUUUUUUUCGAGUCAUUACUGAAUUAUUUAAUGUAACAAAUCAAACAUUAAACGUCGUAAAAAAUGUAUGGUAAUCCAUGGUAACCUCGUAAACAAUUCAUUUAGACCCAGCGUUUUUUGGAAUCAGGCGUUUCUUUGCUGAAAUGUGUGCCGUUGCCUGGCUAUUAAAAGGGCGAGGUGGCUAUUUGAGACUGGGCAUUUAACUGAAGUUUUACGGUAUAUAGGCGGCAUGCAUUUCUUGUUUGAAAAAGUCACUGCAAAACCAAACAUUCUGUGCACACCUCUACAUAAAUGUGAUAAAAUUUGCCAUUGCGCUCUACUUUACAAACUGUCAUGGCCCAGUUCCAACAUCUCAAAAUCAUACAGCAAAUGAGGGUGUUUUUGUUACCAUAAAAGGUGAAUGGAGGGCGUUUUCCAGGCGAGCACACAAAUAUAGUAUGGCUCUGAUUUAUCAAAGAAGACAUAUAUGUUGCGUGCGACAGUUUGAUAUAUCCCAAUAAUUUGUUGUGCACGCAAAUCCUAGAAUCGCCAGAAUUUAGUGAGACAUUUAUGCACGGUUGAUAAAUGUGGCCCCUUGUUUCAGGUGCUCAAGCGUUUGACUGUUAUUCUGACUGUCCUGUAGGUGCUGCCCUAGGUCCUCUGUUAGCAGGACUGAUUUCUCCGACGGGGUGGAACAAUGUCUUCUUCAUGCUGAUCACUGCUGAUAUCUUCGCCUGUUUGGUUAGUUUUUAUUCUUUAUUAUAUUUAUAUUAACAUGUUUUAUAAAUCACUGCAAUAUUUGAGCCACAUGUACAAAGAAGGUGCUAUACCUGUGGAUUGUGUACAACAGCUGUCUCCAACCUUUUUCUACCAUGAGAACUACUUUUUUAAAUAAAACAUGUCGCGAGCUACUCAUUUUUUUCUAGCUUUCAAAUUUACACAAUAAAUUACUGGGAGCUUGUACAGUGCAUUUGGAAAGUAUUCAGACCCCUUGACUUUUUACACAUUUUGUUACGUUACAGCCUUAUUCUAAAAUCGAUUAAAUAGUUUUUUUCCCUUCAUCAAUCUACACGUAAUACCCAAUAAUGACAAAGCAAAAACAGGUUUGUAGAAAUUUGAGCACCUUUAUUAAAAAUAAACAGAUACCUUAUUUACGUAAGUAUUCAGACCCUUUGCUAUGAGACUCGAAAUUGAGCUCAGGUGUAUCCUGUUUCCAUUGAUCGUCCUUGAUGUUUCUACAACUUGAUUGGAGUCCACCUGUGGUAAAUUCAGUUGAUUGGACAUGAUUUGGAAAGGCACACACCUGUCUAUAUAAGGUCCUACAGUUGACAGUGCUUGUCAGAGUAAAAACCAAGCCAUGGGGUCGAAGGAAUUGUCCGUAGAGCUCCGAGACACAGAUCUGGGGAAGGGUACCAAAACAUUUCUGCAGCAUUGAAGGUCUUAAAUGGAAGAACUCCAAUCAAGUUGUAAAAACAUCUCAAGGAUGAUCAAUGGAAACAGGAUGCACACAAGCUCAAUUUCGAGUCUCAUAGCAAAGGGUCUGAAUACCUAUGUAAAUAAGGUAUUUCUGAUUUUAAUUUUUAAUUAUUUUAGCAAAAACUUAUAAAAAGCUGUUUUUGCUUUGCCAUUAUGGGGUAUUGUGUGUAGGUUGAGGCCAUUUAAAAAAAAAAAUCCAUUUUAGAAUAAGACUGUAACGUAAAAAAAAUUGGAGAAAGGGAAGGGGUCUGAAUACUUUCAGAAUGCACUGUAUAUUGUGUUAUAUGUGGAAAAUGUUUUUGUUUUUUUAUAUAUGUAAAAACGUAUAGAUAUAUUUUUGUAAGCUGUGUUGCGUGUGCUUUCUCCCUGUUUUCCAGCUGCUGUCCAGGCUGGUGUAUAAGGAGGUAAGGGGCUGGUGUGGACACAGCCCCAGACAAAGA